AUGGCGCGGACGAUGGGAGUGGCAGUGCUCUCCGUGGCAGUUUCUCGGUCAUGUGAUGUGCUUCAUGGGGAGGCGAACCAGCAGCGCAGCCUCACGCAGCGCCAGGCGGAUGGAUCCUACCUGAAGAAGCCCUUCGGGCCGGCGGUGUCCUACGCCAAGGCCCUCCGGGAAGCGGGUCAAGCCAAGGAGGAGGAUGCCGCGGUGAUGGCAGACAUCCUGAAGAUCAAGUCCUUCUACGAAGAUGAGACCAUCUUCGAGGAGCUCAGCCUGGUGCAGAACGACUUCAACCUCACCGAGGUCGAGCGCGCGGACAAGAUCCUUGACAUGGUGAAGCCUCUGAAGUCCACGGUGACGCCCAAGUUCGUCAAGUUCCUGGCCAAGAAGAUGCGUCUCAAGGGCUUGAAGGCCAUUUGCCUCGAGUACGUCCAGAGCGCCUACUUCAAGGAGUCCGUUGCCCCGGUGAAGGUGACAUCCGCUGUGCGAUUGUCGGAGGCGCAGAAGGAGAAGAUUAUCGAGAAGAUGAAGGUGAAGUGCGAGACGGACAGCAUCAAGUUGAUCGAGGAAGUGGAUGGAAACCUUAUCAGCGGAUUCAAGUUGGAGUGGGGUUACAUCGACCCUGAGAAGCUCGACGCUCCCAGCCACGGCGUGGACCUCUCCCUCAGGAACAUCCUGAACAAGAAGGCUCUCCAGGUGGGAGGCCUCGUGGAUGCUCUCUAA